ACACGUAUGUUACGAGAUCAGAUAUGAUGAACUUGACACAUCACCAAGUAUACAGUAUCUUCUCCACAAAAGCUGCUCGUGGGCUUAUUACCAACUUCACAUGUUCAAACAAUUCACAACCAUCCAACUUUACACUCCAUUCUCAACUCUAACAGCUUCCUUGCUCCGUCACGCCACCAAACUGACUCCUUGAUUUGCCCGCCGGCCAUAGAACAACCACCAUUAUCUGUUGUUGCAGCUGAACAGAUAGCAGUGAGCAACCACCACAAUGGGCAAAGAAAACGUCACCGUUGCAUCAUCACAAGACAGCUUCAAGCUUGUUGGUUUCUCCAAGUUCGUUCGUACCAACCCAAAAUCCGAUCGAUUUAAUGUCAAACGCUUUCACCACGUCGAGUUCUGGUGCUCCGAUGCUACCAACACGGCACGUCGCUUUUCUUGGGGACUUGGGAUGCCUAUCGUAGCUAAAUCCGACCUUUCCACCGGAAACGUCACUCAUGCUUCUUACCUACUCCGCUCCGGCGACCUCAACUUCCUCUUCACUGCUCCUUACUCUCCUACUAUCGCCGCCAUGGAAAACCUCUCCCACACUGUCACGUCAUCCAUCCCUACUUUCAAUCACCAGAACUGCCGUGAUUUCUCCGCCAAACACGGCCUUGCUGUCCGCGCAAUCGCAGUUGAAGUAGAAGAUGCUGACGUGGCUUUCCACACAAGCGUAUCGCACGGUGCUAAACCAGUAGCCGAACCGGUAAUCCUCGAUGACCGCGCUGUUCUAGCCGAAGUUCACUUGUACGGCGACGUCGUUUUGCGUUACAUCAGCUACAAAAACCAUCCAAACCAAGAAAAACCCAAUUUCUUACCGAAAUUUGAAGCAGUUGAUGAAACGACGUCGUUUCCUCCUUUAGAUUAUGGAAUCCGACGGUUAGAUCACGCAGUCGGUAACGUGCCGGAGCUAGCACCAGCAGUUUCAUAUCUGAAACAGUUCACCGGAUUUCACGAAUUCGCUGAAUUCACAGCAGAGGAUGUAGGAACAGCCGAGAGCGGAUUAAACUCUGCCGUUUUGGCGAACAACAGUGAGACGGUUUUACUACCAAUGAAUGAGCCGGUGUUCGGGACGAAAAGGAAGAGCCAAAUACAGACAUAUUUAGAGCAUAACGAAGGGGCAGGGCUGCAGCAUUUGGCGCUGGUGAGUCGAGACAUAUUUGAGACACUCAGAGAGAUGAGAAAGCGGAGUAGUAUCGGCGGUUUCGAAUUUAUGCCGUCGCCGCCGCCUACUUACUAUAAGAAUUUGAAGAAGAAAGCUGGGGAUGUAUUGAGCGACGAGCAGAUUAAAGAGUGCGAGGAGUUGGGGAUUUUGGUUGAUAGAGAUGAUCAGGGGACUCUGCUGCAAAUUUUUACUAAGCCUGUUGGUGAUAGGCCGACGAUGUUUAUAGAGAUAAUUCAGAGAGUAGGAUGCAUGAUGAAGGAUGAGGCAGGUAGAGAGUACCAGAAAGGUGGAUGUGGAGGAUUCGGAAAAGGCAAUUUUUCGGAGUUAUUUAAGUCCAUUGAAGAGUAUGAAAAGACUCUUGAAGCUAAACGAAUUGCCAAAACUCCUGAAGCAUGAACAUUAUUUUAUCCAUUGUGUUCUUCUCUGCUACACUAAAACACUUCUGAGUCCUGCGUUUUUCAUUUACAAAACUUGAUGAAAUUAGAAAAUUCUAUAUAUGUAACAUAUUUUUAUACUUUUUAAUUAUUAACAUUUUAUGUUUCCGUAA